GGGCUGACGGACUUCAUUUCCCAUCGUGCCGGGGCGGGUGGCAUGGCGGAGAAGGAUGACACCGGAGUUUGACGAAGAAGUGGUGUUUGAGAAUUCUCCACUUUACCAGUACUUGCAAGAUUUGGGACAAACUGACUUUGAAAUAUGUUCUUCCGUGUCACCAAAAGCAGAACAAUGUACCUCCGAGGAGGGACAGCAAGAGAAUUCUACCAAGAUGCCAUCAAAUGGUAUCCUGUUAAAUUUGGCUGAAAGCUUCACCAGGUGGACAUCACUGUUUCAGUGCUGUAAGAAUGAUGACUUGCUCCGCAAAUUGGAUGUGGGAUUCCGACUUAACUCCCUCCAUACCAUCCUGCAACAGGAAGUCCUGCUACAAGAGGAUGUGGAACUGAUUGAGCUCCUCGACCCCAGUAUCCUGUCUACGGGGCAACCUCAGCAACAGGAAGAUGGACACCUUCCAACUCUUCGCUCCUUAGCAACUCCUAAUAUUUGGGAUGUCUCUAUGCUGCUAGGCUAUGUUAGUGUCUUCAUUAUGAUUCCUGCUUGGUGGAAUGUAUCAUCCUGGCCACUGUGGGGACUAAUUCUCAUUGUUUACUUGAUUGUAAGAGCUUCAGGCUGGUGGAGGACAGCCAGAUUACAAAUGACUCUAAGAAAAUACAAUGUCCAGCUAGAAGACACAGUAGCAAACAGCCGCGCUUUUACCAACCUUGUGAGAAAGUCUUUACGCCUCAUUCAAGAGACUGAAGUCAUUUCCAGAGGAUUUACCCUGGUCAGUGCUGCUUGCCCAUUCAACAAAGCUGGACAGCAUCCUAGUCAGCAUCUCAUCGGCCUUCGGAAAGCAGUCUACCGAACUGUUAGAGCCAACUUCCGAGCAGCAAGGCUAGCCACCCUCUAUAUGCUGAAAAACUACCCUCUGAAUUCGGAGAGUGACAACGUGACCAACUACAUCUGUGUGAUACCUUUUAAGGAGCUUGGCCUGGGACUGAGUGAAGAGCAGGUGUCAGAGGAAGAGGCACAUAACCUGACAGAUGGCUUCAGCCUGCCUGCAUUGAAGGUUUUGUUCCAGCUCUGGGUAGGACAGAGUUCGGAGUUCUUCCGGCGGCUGGCACUGCUCCUUUCCACUGUGAACGCGCCCCAGGGGCCCUUCCUCACUCCUGCUCUUUCCUCUCAUCGUGUCCUGUAUGAUGUGACUCAAGGUCUACCUCACGCACAUGCUGCCUGUUUGGAAGAACUUAAGCGCAGCUAUGAGUUCUAUAGAUACUUCGAAACUCAGCAUCGGUCAGAGGCACAGCGUUUGUCCAAAACAAAGCAGAAAUCAAGAGAACUGAGCAGCCUCCACACAGCUGUGCGCAGUCUCCAGCUACAUCUGAAAGCAUUGUUGAAUGAGGUUAUAAUUCUUGAGGAUGAACUUGAAAAACUUGUUGGUACUAAGGAAGAGAACAGCCUAGCAUCAGAGGCCUAUCAAAUCCUGGAGCAGAAGUUAAAGUUACUCCAGCCUCGAGUUCAAGCUAGCAACAGUUGCUGGAAAGAGGCUCUUUCUCAAGUAGAUAAAUUGGUACGAAGAAACUCAGAUAAAAAAGGCAAACCUGAAGUAGCAUGUGAAACCCCACCUUGUACCACAGCUCCUUUGCCACAGCCUGCACUACAUAUCGAGGACAAGGACCCAAUACCUGAAGAGCAGGAACUGGAAGCUUAUGUGGAUGAUACAGACAUGGACAGCGAUUUCAGAAGGGACGACUUUUAUUAUUUGUCUCAAGAAGAUAGAGAGAGGCGGGAGCGGGAACGGGAAGAAUCUAAAAGAGUAUUACAAGAAUUAAAAUCAGUGUUAGGAUUUAAAGCCUCAGAAUCAGAGAGGCAAAAAUGGAAGCAGCUUCUUUUUAGUGAUCAUGGGGUAAAGUCCGAAUGGAAUUAGAAAGGGAAAUUCCAGCCGGGAGCCUGCUGUUGCCAUUUUGUCUAUGUUGUUGCUGCUGCUCUAGUGAAACGACUGCAGCUUAGGGAUGUUUUUUGGAAAUGGACACUUGCUUUGCACAAAAAAAAAAGUUACUAGACUCCAGUUCUUCAAGAAGCACAUUGUUUUUGUCUUCAGCUAUGCUCCAUUAGAUCGUAUUGUACUAACCCCCUCCCGCUGGGAGGAGAGACUGCCUGGCAAGCUCCCCGGUGCUGGCAAUGGGACCCACUACCUACUAACAUCGAGAGGGCCUAAAAAAACUCCAUUUCCCUUGCAAGGACAACUUCUCCUGCCGUAUGGAUAUCCAUCAUAUCUAUGCAUUGUGCUUUGUACAGUGGCUGAUUUGAAUGCAGAUUUUAUUUCAUUAAUAUUUCUGUUUUUCGUUGGUCUAGAAUGAGCAGGGUAGGAUUUAGUGCUAUGCAUAGACAUGCCUUGUUUUCACCAGGAAUUUGUUAGGUCACUCACUGGCUUAUCUGUUUGCAUCUUUACCACGCUGUGUUUUAAUAUACAAAAUACAUGUUAAUUUGAGAGAUUAGUGUUUUCCAGAUUAUUAUAUCAGACCUAUUUCUGAUACAUAAUUAGGAAAACCCAUGCUAUUUUUUUUAAACAAAGAGAAUAUAGUUUCAGAUAUUUUCAGAAUUGAGCAACAUCAUAUCUCUAAUCUCUCUAAAAUCCAAGUCAUCCGCUUAAUUCAUUUAUUUUUCUAUACGUUGCUUAUAAAGGUUUCUGGCUUUAUAAUUUUCACCAUUUCACCAAAUAUUCUUGAUUUCGCUUAACUUGAUUUUUUUGUUGUUUAAGAGAAGUUUGUUAUGAUUCAGAUGCAGAUCUUGCAUUUAGUACACCCAAUCCCUCAAUCAUUAAGAGAUUGCCUUAGUUAUUUUUUCUUUUUUUUUUCUUUUUAAGCUGUGAUGAAACCCUUGUCUCCUGUAGAACCAAUGGAACCUAUAAAUAAUUCAGAAUCAUCUGUGAAUUCAAGUAAGGAAAAGGACUGUCAUAAAAGUGAAAGUGACCCUGAAGAGGGAAAUAGUGAACUAAAUCCUACCCCAAAUGACAGUGAAAUAAGUAGGACUGAGUAUUUAUGUGGCAGUCCUUCAGACUGUCAAAGUAAAGACAGUGCUGUGAAGGAAGGCUUCUUGUCAGAGGCUGAAGAGAAAACAUGUUACCAGUGUGAGAGUGAAGGCGGGUCUGAGCACAUCCCCGAGGCUGGCGUGGAGACUCUUCAGCCAGCACUCAGUGACUCUGUGCAGGCCUCCAUCCGGGAGAGGCUGGCGCGCCUCCACCCAGCACCGGAUUUCAGCCUAACUUGUGGGCUUGCCACGCAAGCAGCUGCAAGAUCUCUCACGUUUACCAAAAUGGAGGAACAGACUUUUGAAGAUAGUGAGACAGAAGAAGAAAUUGAAGGAGAACAGCAAACGAGGCGAGAAAGCGAAAAUGAGGUAGAAGAAAGCAAGAACAAAGAAACAAAUGUAGAAAACGAAGGAAUAUAAUUCUCAGCACUCAUGAAGUUCAAAGUAUUCCAUUAAAAGAGAUGAUGAAUGUAAGGGGUUUACUUUAUAAGGCUUCGUGGAGAAAAUCAUAGUUGGAAAAACUGCUCUAAAUUAUUUACUCUUAAAUGGCGCACUGGGAGAGUGUUUCCGUUUUCUUGCAUAUGUGAGAACAUGCAAGAUCUCCCUAGAGGAAACUGCUAUUUUAUUAUUGUGACAUUGACUAAUACUAUGGAGAUGAUUUCAAGUUUUUGUCAAUUUAUCACUUAUAAUACGAAAUGUGUAUUUCCCA